GAAUCGCUCAUUCAUUCCUCACCGCCUCCAUCCCCGCUCCGGCCUCCCCUCCGGAAGUCCCAAACCCUAGGAACCAGCUGAACUGCCGAAGCUUUCAGAACCCCAGGCGGCAAGAACAAUUGCGGCGAGAUGAUUCUCCGGACUCCACCACAGCGGAAGCGCCGCGCAGGCUCCGGCGCCGGCGAUGACGCCGAUCUCGGUCUUGUCAAAUCCGUGGGCGUCGCGAGCGCGACCGGCCGUAGUCCGGUCUCCGAUCGCCGCCUGGCCCUCUACGACCGCCCCACCGCCCUCGCGCUUGCCGACGCCCCCGGGGAGCCGUUCGACGACAUGGUCUGCACGUACCACUGCCGCCAGAUGGUCAAAUCCGAGUUCAUGGUGGCACUUGACACGGCAGAGAAGCAAGUUCAGGAGUAUCAAACAAAACUUGUUGCCUUGGAGGACCAAUUAUCUAAGAGUGAGGAUGAAAGAAUGCAGUUUCUGGAUAAACUUAACUAUGUGGAACAAGAACUGGCAGCAACCAAAGGACGGGAGAGUGCAUUACAGGAACGCCUACUAAAGGAGUUGGGUGAAUAUCAGGAACGAUAUCGUGGUCAAGUAAUGAAAAUAAAUGAACUUGAGGUACAACUCAAUAAAGAGAUUGAUUCUAGGAUCAGUGCAGAAUCAUCAGUAUCAUCCGCGAAGGCAUUGAUCAAAGACUUGGAAGGGGAUUUGCAUCGAUUAUCUGAAAGUUCAGAAAGGGAGAAGAAAACCCUUAAGAAGGAACUUUCAUACGUGAAAGAAGACUUAUCCCUAUCUGCUUCCAAAAAUAAUGCUGAGCUUGAGAAAACAAUACUCAGAGCAGAAAACUAUGAGAGUGAGGCAAAGUUGUUGAACGAGCAGUUGACCAACUUGAAAAAGCAACUUGACGAGUGUCUCAGUGAGAAGAAUGAAAUGGAGCUCAAGCUAUUGAAUUCCAGUGCUUUGCCUAAUCAACAUGCCCCAACAGAAGAACAGAAGUUGAUCAAGCUUUUGCAAGAGGAGCUCCGGAAUUAUGAAAAAGAAGUGCAUGAAGCUAAAAGGUUGAAAUCUUCCCACAUGAAUGUUGAGUUGCUGAAAGAAAAACUAUUGGAGGAGCAGGGGCGCAGGGAAAGAGCAGAACUUGAAUUAUCUAAACUGCAGGAAAUUGGUGCUAGAGCACAUAAGCUGGAGCUUGAAUUAGCAUCUUGUACAGCACUGCUCAGCAACAUACCUGAUGUGUCUUCUUAUGCUGACAUACCCCAAAAGAUCGCAGAUCUGCAAAAGCAAGCAUUGACAUAUUUGAACGAAGUUGGUGAGGUAACAUCAAGGUUGAAAGAAUUAGAGGUUGCACUAGAAUAUGCUGAUCUCAGCAAGCAACAAGCAGAAGGUGAAGCUGCUCUUGCUAAAGAGAGGGCUGCAAGUGCUACUAGGGAGGUCAAGCGGCUUGAGCUUAUGCUUACUGCGAUCAGUGAAGAAAGAGAUAAGCUGAGAAAGGAACAUGCUACGGAGUCGGAUCAGUCUGGGAUGGAAAAAACGAUAAGAGAGCUGGAGAGCAUUAUACACGAGCUGAAAGAAUUGAUUAGUCACAAGGACACUGAACUCAAUAUAAUGAAUGAAAGAUUAAACCUUGAAACAAGGAAAGUGAAGUCUUUGGAGCGAGAGGGAGAUCAGCUACGCUCUCAGGUGGCAUUACUAGAGUCUAAGUUAGGUCAUGGGGAUUACUCUGCUUCAAGCACAAAAGUACUGCGCAUGAUGAAUACUCUUGGAGUCGACAAUGAAGCCAAGCAGACAAUAGAAGUACUGCAAGCUGAGCUAAAGAAAACAAAAGAGAGGCUGCAAGCAGUUGAAGAACUGAAAGGACAAACUGAUCCUGGAACCGUGGUAGACGCUAAUAUUGCUGAAAAGUUAGCACAACUUAAGAAUCAAAUUGCGACACUUGAAAAACGUGAAGAAAGAUACAAGGCGGUGUUUGCAGAGAGGAUCUCGGUCUUCCGGAAAGCCUGCUGCUCCCUUUUCGGUUACAAGAUAGUGAUGAAUGAUCAGCAGCAGUCAAAUGGGAUUCCCGUAACACGCUUUAUUCUGCAGUCAGUGUAUGCCCAAAGCGAUGAUGAAAAGCUUGAGUUUGACUAUGAAUCAGGAAGCACUAAUAUCGUGGUCAACGAUUACACAUCCCAACAAGAAAUUGCUCGGCAGGUCGACAUCUACAUAAGGAGGACGAACUCCAUACCAGCCUUCACUGCCAACCUGACAAUGGAGUCUUUCAACAAAAGAAGUAUAUGCUGAAGACAUGAAACUAGUGUCAGGGCACAUUGCUUGAUUUCUGUAUGUUAUCAUUGACGAAGAGUAUGUAUAUGAGCACUCACAUUGGUGGGUGAAAACUGCUCCUGCUAAUUGAAGUUGAGGCUGGAGCUUUGAUUCUAUUCCCAACGGAUUCUUUUUUUCCCUUUAACUAGCAAGGCGUACAUGAGUA